CAAUUAUUUAUGACUGUGUGAUUUCUUCCAAGUGUUAUGUUAUGUGUUAGACUACUUUUAUAAAAAAUUUAUUGAUCGACCUAGUAGUGUUUAAAUUGUUUUCCGAUGCAAGAAUAUCUCGAUAUUUUUAUAUGGACACAAUUUCUCCUUCUCCUGGGAUAUCUGUGAAAUACACAUAGAUGCAGCAGUAUUGUUACUGUAUGUUGAAAGGAAAUCAUCAUGUAUCAAAAUAUGCGCAUUGCAAGACAAAAAUUAUCUAUGGAUCGCGGAUGAACGUCAUGGCAAAUCAAACAGCUGAUUACCAUGGGGACAUUUACCAAUGGAAUCUCACAUUGUCGGCGGACGACGGAGAUGUGGAAACGGAAUAUUAUCUACCCAAUUGGACCGAUCUAGUUCUAGCAGGAUUAUUCACGAUGCUGAUUAUUGUGACAAUAGUCGGCAAUACUCUAGUGAUUGCGGCUGUAAUUACUACCAGGCGAUUACGAUCCGUAACUAAUUGUUUUGUAUCUAGUCUCGCGGCAGCGGAUUUACUAGUCGGUCUAGCUGUGAUGCCACCGGCAGUUCUGUUACAGAAUAUCGUUUUGAUGAAGCUUACAGGAGGUACCUGGAAAUUAGGCGAGAUACUAUGUGACUCUUGGGUCUCCCUUGACAUUCUACUCUGCACAGCCAGUAUUCUCUCGUUAUGCGCCAUAUCUAUAGACAGGUAUCUGGCCGUAACUCAGCCAUUGAUAUAUAGCCGUAGACGCAGGAGUAAAAGACUGGCCGGGGUGAUGAUAGUGGCGGUAUGGAUAAUGGCCGGUGCUAUAACAAGCCCACCUUUAUUAGGUUGUUUCCCACGCGCGAGGAAUCGUGAUAUUAAAAAAUGCUCCUACAAUAUGGACUCCUCAUAUGUGAUAUUUUCGGCGAUGGGCAGUUUCUUCUUGCCCAUGCUAGUAAUGCUGUACGUGUAUGCCAGAAUUUCGUGCGUCAUAGCGAGCAGGCAUAGAAAUCUGGAAGCGACCAACGAAGGGGAAAACGUGCGAUCGUGUCGUAAAAUUACGAUUGAUCGUGGAAAAAGUAUUAAAGUGCAAGGUACGGAUUGUGCCGAAAGUAAUGCGACAUGCGACAAGCCAUCCGAAACCGAACCAACGAGCAUGUGCAAAAAGUUGAGUACAAUCCGAGGUAAUCAACAGAGCUGCAUCAACAAAGUCACUAGGGAAACGAAAACUGCGGGUACGCUGGCGGUAGUUGUUGGUGGUUUUGUUGCAUGCUGGCUGCCAUUUUUUAUCCUUUAUCUGGCAACACCUUUUGUACCUGUGCAGCCGCCAGAUGUUCUUAUGCCAGCUUUAACGUGGCUAGGGUGGAUCAAUUCGGCUAUCAACCCGUUCAUUUACGCCUUCUAUUCGGCAGACUUCAGGCUCGCUUUCUGGCGACUAACAUGUCGGAAAUGUUCAAAGAGUAGAUUAAACUUGGAUGGCACGAGUCGGAAAUUACCCGCUCCAGUUAACUGGAAGAAAGAUACGUCGAGAACGUGAAGAUCUCCGCACAAGAGUUUCAAACUUGUUCAAUUAUCUAGCAUCUCCGGUAUUAAAAUGACUAUGGUUGACUUGCGUUUAUUCAUACCCGUGAUACACUAAUGAGGAAUGACGUGAUUAGAGCUAGACGUGUAUAAUUUCAAGUAGGUAUGAGUUUUAAUCAAUCAAUAGCUAUUAUGGAAUUUUAUAAGGUAUAAGUG